AUGGCUAUGCAUUGCGCUGUUGGAGUUAUCGCUGGUUUAUAUAUUGUGGUUUGGAGUAAAGCCAAAGACUUUGUUGAAACUUGCAAGAUGAUAAGUAGUAGGAUGGAUUUGGAAGAACCUCUUCUGUCAGAGAAGUGUGUCGAAUUUGAGACAGAGGAAUGCUGA